AUGUUGUUCUUUUUAUUACUUAGUUAUUGUGUAGUUUUCGUAAGUGCCUCUGAAUUGCGAGUCGAUCCAUUAGUUUUAAUCGACCAAGGAUUAGUUCGAGGGUUGCGGUCAAGUGAUGGGACAUAUUCGUCUUUUCUAGGAAUACCUUAUGCUUCAGUAGACCUUGAAAAUCCUUUUGGACCUGCUUUAGAACAUCCAGGAUUUGGUGGUGACGUAUAUAAUGCUUAUUACGGAUCAGUAAGAUGUCCACAAUUCACAACAUCUGUAUCGAGCAGCGGAGAUGAAGUGUUGGACUGUCUUCGACUUAACAUUUACUCCCCAACUUAUGCGAGUGUUCUGAACCCUUUACCAGUGUUGGUAUGGAUACAUGGAGGUGAAUUUGGUACAGGGUAUGGUGGUGAAUAUGGCCCGGAAAAUUUAGUGAAACAAGGUAUCAUAGUUGUUACUAUUAACUAUCGUCUAGGACCUUAUGGAUUUAUGUGUCUUGAUAUUCCCGCUGUCCCGGGUAAUCAAGGUUUGAAAGAUCAAUAUGAGGCAUUAGUGUGGGUAAGGAACAACAUCAAGUCUUUUGGCGGUAACCCUUAUAAUAUAACUAUAGCAGGUCAAGGAGCAGGAUCUAGCUCAGUUUUAUUACAUUUGUAUUCAGAUAAGAAAAAGGUAUAUGGUAAAGUUAUUGCGGAGAGCGGUACUCCCCAAAAUAUUGGAACAUUCGUAGAAGCCGAUACAUACGCAGCAAUCAAAUUGGCCGCACAUUUAGGUUUUAACACUACUAGUACUGAAGAUGCCUUGAAUUUUCUCAAGCAAACUUCACAUGAAUUAGUAACUGCAGCUGCUGUAGAUUUAGAUUUAAAACUUAGGCCUUGCAGAGAAAAAUCUUUUAGUGGCAUCAGUAACUUUAUUGAAACUGAUUCUAAUUCACUGUCUAAUGAAAAGAAAAUUCGAAAUACACCAGUACUAAUCGGUCAUACUAGAAGAGAAGUUUCUGAUUUGACAAGUAUUUAUGGAAGUAAUUAUUACAAAAGGGAUCCUUUUUAUGAAAAAAUAGAAGAUAACUUCAAUUUAAAUGACGAUCAAUUAAUCGAAGCAUCGAAUUUCGUUAGGCAUUUUUAUAUAGGAGAUGAACCUGUAUCGAAAGCUCUUCAUUCAGAAUUGGAAACUUUUGACUCUGAUAUAGUCUAUAAUCAUCCUAUCCAAAGAACUAUUAGUCAUUUACUUAAUGAGAAUGCAAAUCCCAUAUACGAGUACGAGUUCAGCUUUGUCGACAGCUCUGCAGAAAAUAGAGACGCGAAUUCCAAUGAGCUGGGAUAUUUAUUUAAAAUGUCGACUAAUAAGAUAGACACAAAUGAUAAUAAUAAGUUGAUAACUGAUCGUGUAGCUACUCUGUGGGCAAACUUCAUCAAAUAUGGCAAUCCUACCCCAGAAGUCAACGAGCUGUUGCCAGUGAUGUGGGCUCCGAUCACUAAGAAUACAAGACCUUACCUUGUAAUUGAUUUAGACCUCGACCUUAAGAGCAGAAUAUACAAGGAUAGAAUGGCUUUCUGGGACCUCUUCUAUGUAGCUUAUGGGCGAUACAACAAAUAUUUAAGAGAAUGUAUC